CUUCAACUAAUCAUCGGUUUGCAACAUGCGCUAACCUGCGUCUUCAACAACAGAAACAUUAAUUGACUGUUAAUUAGAUCUAUUAGCCUACAACUUCCAACCAAGACUUUUCGACCUCUAGACCUUCACAUAUUUCCGACGUGUGUCAAGGACGGAGUCCCAUGAAACUUACCGUGUGCGGUUUCAUUGUGCACUCUGGACGGAUGUGUCGAGAGACCUGGUAGCUUCGAGCAUGGGCAUGGCAAACGGGCCAUAGUGUGAGCAUCGCUGUCCUACAUGAAACCGCUAGAAAUCAUUCUACAACUACACACUAAAAUAAUUAGCUCGAUCUGGGGAGAAAUCUCAAACUGUGACAGUUGAAGGGAGAUCACCCAAGUCUAAGUCUGCUUCAGGAGGUCGGAGAACUUUAUCAGAAACCAAAUGCACCAGUCCAGACAUUAACAUUGUUGCAUAGUUUUCUUCAACUACAAACUGAGAAUGAUCUGCAUAGUCACUGUUUUCAUAUUGACGGCUAUAACUUACUAUAUCUUUGACUACCUGUUGAGAAGACUAAAGGUUGGAGGAUAUCAUAACAGGCAUGUCCUAGUGACAGGGUGUGACUCAGGAUUUGGUCAAAGAACUGUCAUACGACUUGACAAUCUCGGCUUCAAAGUAUUUGCUGGAUGUCUGACAGAAGAUGGAAGACAGUACUUGUCAAAGAAUUGUUCCGGAAAUGUGGUGCCGUUUCUACUAGAUGUCAGAAGUGAUAAAAGUAUUCAGUCAGCGUUGGAUCUGAUCAAACAAAAUUUACCUGAGAACACAGGUCUCUGGGGUUUGGUCAACAAUGCAGGUAUAUUGUUCACAAUGGCGCCAACAGAAUUUUGUACCAAGAGCGAAUAUCAGAGAAGCAUGGAUGUGAACUUGUUUGGUCUCAUAGAGAUGACGCGAUCAUUUCUGCCUCUGAUACGAAAAGGUCAAGGCCGUAUCAUCAAUACAACAAGUUGGGCUGGACGCUUGGCCUGUAUGGCACCUGUAUAUGCACUGUCAAAGUAUGGAGUUGAGGCAUACUCUGAUAUACUUAGAAGAGAGAUGUAUACAACUGGCAUCAAAGUCAGCAUAGUGGAGCCAGGAGCAUUCACAACAUCAAUCAUCACAAGGAAACAAAUGCUAGAAAGUGUGCACAAUGCUUAUGCACGUAUUCCUGAAGACAUUCAGUCAGUCUACAAGGUUUUUGUGGAAAAUUUUAUGAACCGAAUACUAUUAGACGUAGUUCCACCUUCAUCCAACCUUGACCUUGUUGUGGAUGCCUAUAUUCAUGGAUUGACCUCUCGUUUCCCAAGGACAAGAUACACGCCAGGAAAUGAUAGCAAGUUUCUUUAUAUCCCACUAUCUUACCUUCCCACAUGUCUUGCAGACUGGAUAUUGAAAUACAAUUUAAAAUAAUUCUGAAUGUCAAUUUUUUUUUUUAUAAGUUUUGUUCAUCAUAUUUUUUUUGCAUGCUUAUUACAAGUUGAACAAUUUAAUAAAUUCACACGGUUAAGUCAUGAAUGUAUUCCAUAUUGAAAAUUUAAAUAUGAAAAUAUAUCUACAAUGCAUUUAUAAUGGUGUGAUUCGAUAUAUAACUUUGUAAAAGUCCUGCUAUCAUUGAACUGUUUGUUCUUAAAGGUAUCCACGGCUUUUUUCGUGACGGUACGUACGGCGUACCGGCACCUUUUUGAAAAAAGUAUUACUUUUCUUCUAUUUUAACGUAUAGUAUUAAUUUAUAGUAGUUAAAAGUUAGGCAAUCCACUACUGAGUACCGGCACCUAUUUUUUUUUUUUUACAAAAACAGCACUGAAGGUAUUAAUAAAUAUGGUAUGUUAAUUCACUGAAGGUAUCAAUAUAUAUGGUAUGUUAAUUCACUGAAGGUAUCAAUAUAUAUGGUAUGUUAAUUUUUUUUUUUACUUUCACUAACUCUUUCCAAUGUCUUCCUUGAAAGGAUAGUUAAAUAUACUUUUGAGUGCUAUGAAGGUGAUGUAAGCAUUGGAGGAAGAAGAAUUACUAACUUGCCCUUUGCGGACGACAUAGAUCAGUGAUUCUCAACUUGUGGGUCGCGACACCCUUGGGGGGUUGAAUUGUUGACAUUGUGAUCAUGUGCAUGUUAUUAGUAUGUAGAGUUAUUCCCCUUAGCAAGAGUCUUCAUAUUGCAUUGUUGUGUGUAACCCUUGUAUGUUAUUAGCAUGUUAUUAAAGAGUCUGAUGUAUCCAG